AUGGCUCUCCGCGUCAAUUCCUUCUCUCUUUCUUCCGCUCUACCUAAAAUAGAGUCAAGAGUUGGAAAUUAUCGGAGCCCAAGCCUCAGUGUUAACUCGCAGAUGAUGAUCCAAAUGCGAAAGGAGGGUGGUGGAAGAAGAAUCUGGAGGCGAAGGAAAAUGACAAAAAAGGACGCAUCUUUGCCCCACAGAAUGGAGCGCACACCUUUUAUGGAGGAACAAGUGAGGAAAAUAAAGGAUGAGGGAAAGCUCUUGCUAAGAGACAUAGAUAGGUUAAUGUUAUCAGAAGAUAAUAGGUAUGAUUUUGUGAAUGAGAUAGCAGCUGAGGCCAAUGCUUGUGUUGAGAGCAACAUGGAUGAGUAUGGAGGUGAGAAGAAAGCCUUACUUCAUGCUUUUAGUAAUCGAAUGAAUGAAGUUGGAUCUUACCGUCCAGAUGCGUACGCCGAGCCUGAUCCCGGCAAACCUGGACCUCAUUAUAGAAGAGAGUUUUUUGCCUAA